AUGUCCGCCGCCGACGACCAGGAGAAGCAGAAUCCUACCGCGGCCCAAGAUGGCUUCUGGCACAAUGGCAACUUCUUUGCCUGGGCGCCUCCAGUUACCAAACCUCCAUUGGCUCGAAUCCCCAGUCGACUUGUGGUAGCAGCCAUUCUACAUGAUCCGACAAAAGAUGUCGCCCCAAAAUGCACAACAAACGCUCCCAAGAAAGACACCGUCAACGCCGCCAUCGCGGCUCCCUGUCCAUCCACCGAAACUGCUGUUGUUACCGCUCCAGCUCUCAAUCAACACCAGCCGCAGUCCAUAAGCGCAUAUUCGCAAACAACCGAGUCAAAACCAGGCGCAAACACGUUUGUCUCGCACAAUGGCCACAUAUUUGCUUGGGCGCCGCCCCCCGUCUCAAAACGUCAGCCAGACUGUGCGGCCACUUUCAGUCAACCCACCCCCGAGCACAGCUUCUCGCACAAUGGUCAUUCGUAUGCGUGGGCGGUACCAUCCGUGACAACACGGCAACCAGAGUGCCAAACGGAAGCCCCUGCGCAGUCAAAACCCGACACCCCUACCAAGGCUUUCUGCCAUAAUGGUCACUCCUUCGCAUGGGCUUCAUCCGAGCCAAAACGCCAGUCAGAUUCCACAACCAAAGCCCCGGUACAAGCCCCGUUGUCAUUGUCGACCCAGUUGGGGGAAACACAAAAGAGAAUGGAAGAACUUGGAGAAUCCCUCGAGCGCUCGCGAGUCCAUAUCGAACGCUCGCAAUUCCACCUCGAACGCACAAGGGCCGGCAUACUCGAGUCCCUCGCCAAAUCUUCCCGAGCGGGAACGGUUCAGCCAGAUCCGCUACCGUUCCCUUUGCCCCGGAGCAGCCCCCCAAGAUCCUUCAAAGAUUUCCAGGACGAACUGAUUGAAGCACGCCGCUUAGCAGUAUCAAGCAUUGCUCGAAAUCAAGAAAUCAGAAACCGUCUCAGCAAUCAUGGGGACCUUGACAAUAAACUUCUUGCCAUGACAAGCAGGUUCCUCGGCGAGCGCCUCCAUUCUCAACCAAACCCUCAAGGCCAUGUCGCUCAAGGCCCAAUUUCCCAACAGACACCCGAGCCUCUCCCCAAAAAUGCUACCAUUGAGCCCCCCAAAGACCUGCCCAGCCGAUAUUCAUUCGCAAACAAGACCGAUAAGCCCCAAGACCAUGUCCCCAGUCGAUAUUCCUUUACGGCCGACCCUGUCGCGAAUCCGAAAUCGGUUGUCACAGGACAAGGGCAAAAGGGCCACUACCGUUUUAGCCUUCUCACCGAUAAGCUUGUCCGAUUUGAGUGGUCCCAAGAUGGCGGCUUCGAAGACCGUGCUUCCACAACGGCGUUCUUCAGGUCGUUCCCUACCCCCGAGUUCAAGGUCGACGACAACAAAGAUAAACUGGAGAUCAUGACCAAAUACUUCCAUCUCACCUACGACAAGAACGAAUUCUCGUCUUCCGGCCUGACGGUCAAGGUUGGCAACGAUGUGUGGCGCUACGACGGCAAGAGCUACGGCGAUCUGGGCGGUACAGCCCGAACCCUGGACCGGGCCGACGGGCGCAUUCCUCUCGAGCCGGGCGUCUUGUCACGCAAAGCCUACGCCGUGCUCGAUGACAGCGCCUCCAUGCUGUUCGAAGAUGGUUGGAUCGCGACCAGGAAACCGGGCCGCAAGGAUGGCUAUCUCUUUGCCUACCACGGCGACCACAAAGCUGCCAUCAAGGAUUUCUACCGUCUGUCGGGCGGUCAGCCGUUGCUGCCUCGAUGGGCUCUCGGAAACUGGUGGUCCAGAUACCAUGCCUACUCGGACAAAGAAUACCUGGCUGUCAUGAGGAGGUUCGCAACCGAGAAAAUCCCCCUCAAUGUUGCCGUGAUCGACAUGGACUGGCACAAGGUCAACAUCCCUGCCAAGUACGGCUCCGGAUGGACAGGUUACAGCUGGAAUCCCGACUUGUUCCCGAUGCCCGAAAACUUCCUCUGCAAUCUCCAUGACAUGGGCCUCAAGGUGACUGUCAAUGAUCAUCCGGCAGACGGCAUUCGGGCCUUUGAAGACCAAUACAAGAUUGUGGCCAAGGCCCUGGGUCACGACACGUCAAAGGAAGAGCCGAUUCGCUUUGAUUGCACCGACAAAAAGUUCCUCGACGUUUACUUUGAUGUUCUCAAGGCCAAUUUGGAGGAUGAGGGCAUCGAUUUUUGGUGGAUUGACUGGCAACAGGGCAACCGAUCGCGCAUUCCUGGCGUUGACCCCCUCUGGGUGCUCAACCACUACCAUUACCUCACCAGCCGUCGGAACGUCAAAGCUACUACGACGCCUAUCACUUUCUCCCGAUACGCCGGCGCCGGCUCUCAUCGCUAUCCCAUUGGCUUCUCUGGCGACACCCUCAUCACCUGGGCGUCGUUGCACUUCCAGCCCGAAUUUACUGCGACAGCGUCCAACAUUGGCUAUGGCUGGUGGAGUCACGACAUUGGCGGGCAUUACGCUGGUGUCCGCUCCAACGAGCUGACGGCGCGCUGGGUCCAGUUUGGCUGCUUCUCACCUAUUUUGAGACUGCACUCGGAAAAGAGUCAGUGGAACUCCAAGGAGCCAUGGUUGUACGAGCCCGAAGCGCGCAAGGUGAUGACGGACUACCUCCAACUUCGGUACCGCCUCAUCCCGUUCCUUUACACCAUGAACGUGCGCGCCUGCUACGAAUUCGAGCCCUUGGUGCAACCCAUGUACUGGAACCACGAGGACGAAGAAGCCUACACGGUACCCAACCAAUACUACUUUGGUCCCGACCUGAUGGUUGCGCCAAUUACUACGCCAAACGAUUCAGCCACGCUCAUGGGCAGCGUCCGCGCCUGGCUUCCCAACACGGGCCGUCGUUACAUUGACAUUCGCCACCCCAGUCUUGUCUACGAUGGAGGCCGCUACGUGGACAUUCACCGUCCUUUGUCGGAGAUUCCCGUCUUUGCCAAGGAGGGAACCAUUAUCCCGCUGGACACGGCUAAAUCUGCGAAAUACGACAAACACGGCAGUAGCCGGCCCCAAGCAAUCACCAUCCAACUCGUCGUUGGCGCAGAUGCCUACUUUGAGCUGGUCGAGGAGCCAAGCAGUAGCGUGCCAGCGGCCAAGGCUGACCGCCCUGACCCAUCCACUUUGGUGCGCACCCCGAUCCGAUGGAAUCAAAAGGAGGGCGUUCUGACCAUUGGACCUGAGGUCAAUGGACGGGGCCAAGGCCGGGAUUGGAGGGUCGAGCUGCUGGGGUGCACCAAGGAACUGUACAAGAACGUUGUUGAUGCCGAUGACGAUCGGCCCAAGUUCACUGGCCGCCCCGAUGUACAGAAGUUUGACCGAUUCCGCGAACGAGUUCGCGCACGAUUCCGCGAUGCCUCCCACCCCAACUCCUCGGGACUCUUCAGUCAUGGUGAACAAGCACAGUCUUUGCACUCCACCACCAUGUACCUGGGCACCCACGCCUUCGGCGGCGACAAUGCGGACAAGAAAAGGGAAUUCAGCCUCGGUAAAGAUCUGCAGUUGGAUGUUGUCGACAUACCGGCGAGAUUGCACGAGAUGCUGUACAGGUGCGAGAUGGAAUACCCGAUGAAGGAAGUCAUUUAUAACCUGGUGACGAGGGAUGGAGGACCGGUGAAGGAGAGGGUGCAGAGGUUGUGGGAGUUGGAGAGAGUGCCGAUGAGUGUGAAAAAGGCAGUGUUGGAGAUUUGGGGGGCUGAUGGGCGGAGUGAGGGGAAUGCUGUUGAGGUGAUGAACGAAGUUCCGCUGCAAGAGAAGGAGGUGGUGGUGCCGAAGACGGGCGACGUGGUCAAGAGUGAGGAUGAGUGGGAUGAAGAUGCCAGGAGUGAGCAGAGCUAUGAGUUUGUUUGAGCAGACGACGGUUCUUUUUGGUGGUUGUCGCCAAGGUUCUGGAGGGCAAUGAUGAUGCAUAAUAUGGUGCUGGCGAUGCUGUUAUAUUGAUGAGAUCAUGACCUUGUCGUUGUUAUGACUUGGGGGACUCGGUUGGGUCGGUAUGUUGUGUUUAGCGUUGGUUUUGGCGUUUCAGCGGUUUUGCUUUGCUUCAGUAAUGAUAUUACCUCUUGAAUUUGAACUGUUUUAGCGAUC